CACUGUGACGAGGCUACAGCGCAUGUCAUCAUGGACAGGUUCGCUGAGCUGGGAGGGAACUUCAUAGACACAGCCGACAUCUAUCAGUACGGAGUGUCUGAGGAAUAUGUGGGCAGCUGGCUAUCCAUGAAAGAGCGGGAGAAAUUUGUCAUUGCCACAAAGGUGUGUGCACCCAUGGACCCUACAUACAAGGACCCAAACCAGCUAGGACUGAGCAGGCAUCACAUUAUGGACUCUAUUGACAAAAGUCUGAAAAGGCUUCAGACAGAUUAUGUGGAUCUCUACCAGAUCCAUCGUUGGGAUGAUGGUACGCCCAUAGAGGAGACCAUGAGAGCCCUGAAUGACCUGGUGCGAGCUGGGAAGGUGCGUUACAUCGGUGCGAGUAACGUGACAGGCUGGCAGCUACAGAAGAUCGUGGAGCUUGGAAGGACCAUGGGGCUGAACAAAUGGAUCACUCUGCAGGCCCAGUACAGCCUGCUCUGCAGGUAUACUGAGUGGGAGUUGGUGGAGAUUUGCAGGAGGGAGGGACUGGGCUUGUUGCCAUGGAGCCCACUUAAAGGAGGUUGGCUGACUGGAAAGUUCACGUGUGACAUGACGGCCGCUCCUGCUGACACACGGGUGGGCUGGGCCUCGGAGAAGGAGGGACGGAAGUCGCAGGCUGCCCCUGACUUCCAGCAGUAUGCUCACAAUGAGAAGUUCUGGGCCCUGGACAAAGUCUUAAAACGUGUGGCAAAGGAGCAAGGUAAGAGUGUAGCCCAGGUGUCUCUCCGCUGGCUGCUGCAGAAGGACACGGUGUCGUCUGUCAUCAUCGGGGCGAAAACUCUGCAGCAGCUGGAGGACAACAUGGGGGCUGCAGCUGGCUGGGAGCUUACACAGCAGCAGAUGGCUGACCUGGAUGCGGCCAGUGCUGUGGAGAUCCCCUACCCGUACGAGCAGGUCUGGAGGGCCAACAAGGCACAAGGCAGAGAGAGGCCUUAGAACGGACAAGGCCUAGGAAAUAAAAUG